AAGCGGUCCUCCCUGGGAGGCACAGCCCCGGGGAGCCCGACAGGCCGGCUAAAGGGAAGGGCACGAGGCCAGAGGCGUGCUAGAGGACAGCGCUCUUACCUCAGCUCCUUACCUGUUCAGGCUGUCAGGCAGAGCUUGGAUGUCCAAGGCCCUGGCGGUGUCGGUCUCACUGCAGAAGCUGUGUCUCCCCUGGCUGCUGCAGGCCCCUCCCGUGCUGUAUGUCAUGAUUUUCAACCCAGUGGAGUCCUCUAUGCUCUUCAUUUUCUGCAGCUGGUAUCUGCCUUGCACAACCUCACCAGGCACGUCGUGUACCACAGCUUGACAAGGGCAGAAGAUAUCCUCUCUCUCUUUCCAGAAAACUUCCACCAGAAUCUGAAAAACCUUUUGACUAAGAUAAUCUUGGAGAAUAUCUCUGCUUGGAGGAAUGAAGCACAAGCAAGUCAGAUCUCCCUGCCUCGGCUGGUCGACAUGGACUGGAGGGUGGACAUCAAGACGUCUUCAGACAGCAUCAGCAGAAUGGCAGUCCCUACUUGCCUGCUUCAGUUAAAGAUUCAGGAAGAUGCUGCCUUAUGUGGAAAUAGUCCUGUUGUUUCUGCACUGACUGUGGAACUAAGCAAAGAAACGCUAGACACUAUGUUAGAAGGUCUAGGAAGGAUCCGGGACCAACUUUCUGCUGUUGCAAACAAAUGAAUACUCAAGGGCAUGGAUUCCAGCAGUGAGGAAGGGAAGUAUUUUCUACCUACAGCUCUCAUAAGUUGCAACUUAGUGUAACAUGUUUUCAGUUUUAACAAAAGUAAAGAGAUUUCUUUACUGAGUUAAUAAGAUACCUUUUGAAAAGCUAACACUUAAACAUUCCUUUGGUCUGAUGCCAAAAAGUGUUUUCCCAAUAUGUUGUUGAACAAAAGCUGGUUUCUAUGUCAGAAAAGGAUUUGAGUGCUCAGAGCUUGGCCUAAUCACAAGGGUCAUAACUGGAAAUAGCAAAUAGCUGCAUCCAAUGAAGCAAGUGCUAUCUCUCUGCCCUGAAAUGAUGAUCUAAAAGGCUCGAGCUGGUUAAUGGGCUGCCUUCCAGCAUUAGCAGACAAGGAGGGUGCCUCUCCCUGGGAUGCGCGUGUAUUGAGGUGCAUGCUGGAUGUAGCACCCUCCCUCUCAAUGAAGCACAGCCAUGCUGCAGAUUGUUAUUACAGGAUAAUGCUUUGAAAUAGGGCAAUUAUGCUACAACACAUUCCCUUCUGAUCAGCUUCACAGCACCAUUUGCAAAAUGACUAGUCUGAACAUCUUUAGCAGCAAGUAAUUUCCCCCUUCUGUUUGAAAAGAGAAAAGGAGUUCACAUAAUUCAUGUUUGGGUUUAUUGCACUCUGGGCUUUGCCUUUGCUGCACAAAAAACAGACUGGGAAAGUAAAGAACGGAUGGCCGUUGUCCGUACUGUAGGAAACCCUUCUGUGGCAAUAUGUGCCUAUACUUCCCCAAAGUGUUCUGUUGUUUGUUUGUAUAAAUCUUCAUUUAAUUAAAAAAUGAACUGCUAAUGAUUUUGUGAGUCCUUUUCAGUUUAGAAGAGCUGUUGUCCUGGGUUACCUCAGCCUCUUUGUGACAGCGCCUAAUUUCUAGGCUAGUUUAAUGAAUGUUCAUGUUUGUUGCUGAAGACAGGUCUUUUGUUUCCUGUUCAAAUUAAUUCAUCUUUUAAACUGUCUUCUCUUCAUUAUAAUACAGUUCCAGGGCACCUUUUUCCAUGGGCAGCAGCUCUGUGCAAUAUUACAGGUGAUGACCCUGACCUAAAACUUCAUAAAUAGAUGCGCAUUGAAAGUGCGGAGGACUAAGUGCAGAAAAUGAACAAAAUUCAAACUUCUUUCUGAUAAGCUUCUGUAAUGCUCCAAACUGGAAGACUGGAUCCAAAUGCUUUGUUUAUGGCAAAAUCCCACCUUUCAUAAAAUAUUUGACUCCCCUUCAAGGCACAGAACAUUGUCUCUUGUGUUUAGAAACAUGAAAUCAUUCAAGAAGCAUGCAUAAACUACAGAGCUUUGUUAAUUUCAUACAUCCCCACAGAGCACAGGCUAGAGUAUAAGUGUAAAUUAAGCCUGUGCCUUUAAAAGAUACUAGUGCAAUACAACUUGUGCAUCAAGGUGAGAUGUAUGACAAGUCACUUGCUAAGGUCUACUUUGAGCAAAGAUAGUAACACUUAGUACUUUACCAGGGCGGACUGGUAAAUUUCAUAUAUAAUAGGGAAAUCUGAAAGAAGAUGGAUAUUCAAGAAUCUGGUCCAUAAGAUUCAAGUUGUGAAAGACAUCUAUAACAGACUACUUCAGUUUGAAGAAAUUUUGUUGCCUUUGCAGCCUAGCCUUAAAAAAAACCAAAAAAUCUCAGUUUAUGUUGUACUGUUUAUUUUAGAAGGUAAGAAUCACUGAGGAGGUAAAUAAUGCAUAAUGAAGUACUCAUACUGUUAGAGGAGCCGAGGAAGUCAAUACACAGGCAAUACUUGAGGUAAAUACUGAAAGUCAUAGUCAAAAUGUUGUAGGUCCUAAUGAACAAAGAACUGAUAGCUGCAUAGAGUUCUCAUGCAAAACCAUUAUACAACUAUAGAAUAGUUGUAAAGAAAAGAAAGACUUAAAACUGAGAAGGCUUUUCUGGUGUCAGUGGCACUAUCUGCAGGUAGCUAAAAGCUGCUUACAGAGACUUCAGAAAGGGGGCUGUCCACUGGAUCAGAGGCAUGACAAACAUCUGAUGACUUCAAGGGUUAUAUCUCAAAUCAUUCUGCAAGAAGAUACUGGUAUUUUCUAGCCCGAAAUUUAGGAAGCUAUGAGAAUUUGCCUUCAAAUCUUUGCCUAAAGUGUUAGGUAUUUUCUUGUUGGCUCUUACCACCUUUGCCGGAAGAGCUAAGAAUGCUCAGAAAAAAAUACGUAAAACCAGAGAGGCUGAGUAGGAUUGUCACUACCUGACCAGCAACAGAACUUCACAUUGAAGUCCUCCUUACAGAGACUGCUGCACGGAGAGAGAAUAAUAUGCCUGUUAUUGCAACAAUCAUAUGUGAUGUUUUUAAUAAAAUGAUUGCUCUCUUAAAAUCAGAUUCUUACACUCCCUCCACAUAUUGCUGCUAUUUGGCAGGCUAGCCUAAAUGCAUUCACCAUUACUUUAUUUUCAGUUUGUUCCUGUGCCAGCACUGUCCUCUUCAGCUUACUUCUCUCCUACCUUUCCAUUUUUGUCCUCAUGCUUAUGAAGCAGUGAAAUCCUCCUCCACUUUUGAUGGCUAAGCCUGGUAAGCUCUAUAUUCUCUGCCUUUCAGCAUCGUAGUGGCCAUUCUUCACUUACAGUUUGCAUCUCCCUUGACUGCAGUCAGCACAAUGGUUCAUUUCUGGAGAAGAAUAGUCCAAGGACAUGAAUAAAGAAUAGAGCUGUCAUAGUAUGUGAACCACCCGAAUGAACUUUUCCUCCCAGGAAACCACAAGCCUUCGUUGUGAAGUGGAGCUCAAAAACUCCAUCUUCAUUCCAGUAUUUGAGGAAUAGAAAACCACCUCCUACAUGUAUGCUGUUUAUCAAGUGAUAAUUUAAUUACACUAAGCAAAACAGUGAUAAAUUUAUUUGUAAAACAAAAGUACGCAAGUUAAAUUCAAACUGUAAUUUGACAAUUCAGACAUUGUGUUAGACCUGACUGUGUCAUUUAAAACAUUAAAUCCUACUUUGUAUUAUUCAAAACAAAAUUUAGCUUCCUCUUACUGCAAGAAAACGUGUACUUUAGGGUGUUCAGGCUAAAAGUUGUAUAGCUGUUGUGACUGAGAAUAGAACAACUUAGAAAGAUAAUGCCUUGAUGAUUCCUAGCUUCCACUUCAAUUAAUGAUCUUUAAACAUUGAUUUAAAACAGUGGAAGACUUUACAAGACUCAUGGUGGUUUGGUAAAGGUAGACUAGUUACACUAUGUUUAAGUUCUGGGUUUAUUGUGUGACAUAUACAUAUUCAACCUUUU